UCCUCAGCAGUGUCAACAGAAUGGUGCAUGCUAUUAUACAAAACUGAAAUACUGGAACUCAGAAGCUCUGGUACUCCUGGCUGCGCUCCACCGACCUGUCUGCGCGUACGUGACGCAUGGGAGGGGGAGACUACUUAAAGGCGGAUUAACGCUGGCAAGACAUUAAAUCCAACCUCCCUCCAUCCAGACGCAGCGCGCAGCCCAUCAACCUGAUCUGAAGAUCGAAAAUAGGAGGGCUUAUAGUAAUCAGCCCUUCAGACUCCCAUGACAAGGAAAAGUGUGGUAACGUCGUGGGAGCGCUCGGCACACACAGGACGCUCACUGGCGUUGCGCGCUCAGCCCAUAACCAACCAGAUAACGCGCAGAGAGACGGAGAGAAACGAGGACGGCAGCAGCAUCCUAUGACGGAUGCAUUUUUUUGCUAAAAUCGGACGCUUUGGAGGCUGACAACACCGAGAGUCAGAGAGAAGCAGGCCGGGAAAUAACGCGCUUUUUUGGGGGGAGGGAUUUGAACAGAGUGCCGUUGUGCUCUCGUCUUCUCCGAAUGCUCAGAAAUGGGGGAAUGGACUAUACUAGAGAGGCUCCUGGAGGCUGCUGUCCAGCAGCACUCUACUAUGAUAGGAAGGAUCCUACUAACAGUGGUGGUCAUCUUCCGGAUUCUAAUCGUAGCAAUAGUUGGAGAGACUGUCUAUGAUGACGAGCAGACCAUGUUUGUUUGUAACACCUUACAACCGGGCUGCAACCAGGCAUGCUACGACAAGGCAUUCCCCAUUUCACACAUUAGAUAUUGGGUUUUUCAAAUCAUCAUGGUGUGCACCCCAAGUCUUUGUUUUAUCACGUACUCGGUGCAUCAGUCGGCCAAGCAGAAGGAGCGGCGGUACUCAACAGUCUAUCUGACACUAGAUAAGGAUCAAGAUUCACUGAAGCGAGACGAGAGCAAAAAGAUAAAGAACACCAUUGUUAAUGGAGUACUUCAGAACACAGAGAACUCCACCAAAGAAGCCGAGCCGGACUGUUUAGAAGUCAAAGAGAUCCCUAAUUCGGCCAUGAGAACUACAAAGUCCAAAAUGAGGCGACAAGAGGGCAUCUCCAGGUUUUACAUCAUCCAGGUGGUGUUCAGAAACGCGCUGGAAAUAGGCUUUUUGGUGGGUCAGUAUUUCUUGUAUGGAUUCAACGUCCCGUCGGUAUACGAAUGUGAUCGCUACCCCUGCAUAAAAGAUGUCGAGUGCUACGUCUCCAGACCCACGGAGAAGACGGUGUUCCUGGUCUUCAUGUUCGCGGUCAGCGGGUUUUGUGUGGUGCUGAACCUGGCAGAACUCAAUCAUUUGGGGUGGAGGAAAAUCAAAACGGCCGUGCGAGGGGUGCAGGCUCGGCGGAAAUCCAUUUAUGAGAUCAGAAACAAGGACUUGCCGAGGAUGAGUGUGCCUAAUUUCGGCCGCACUCAGUCCAGCGACUCUGCUUAUGUGUAACACACAUGGGGAAGAAGGAGUGAAAACAUGUAAAAACCAUGAUGGACAGCUCCGCACGCCUAAUUCGUGUCAUGACUUAAAGAGUGGGCAGAUUUUUUUUGAUUUGUUGGUCUUUUAAGGACUUCAUGGCAAGCGUGGGUUACACGUUUGUUUACUUAUUUAUUAUUGCACUGAUGCAACUUUUUAGUAACGUUUGUACUCUGUAAGAUGGUAUGGAGGCCAUGUUAACGUGUUCACAUAUUUACUCUUUGUGGGCUAGUUCUGCUAUACUUGAAGGGAGUAAAUGCAAAAACUGCACUAAGAGGUGAACACUUGAGGGCCUGACCUUAUCCAAAAUGUGCUACUGACCUGACGGUGUUUUUAAAGACAUUUUCUUUCCAUCCAUUUUUGGCACCAACCUAAUUAUAUGGCACCAUACACAGUGGUUAAAGGAAAAAAAAAUCUAUCAUCCAGAUUUACAUAUGCAUAGAUAUAAAUCCUUACUGACAAUGGUUCGACCUAUAGUUGAAAUACAUCCGCGUAAUUCAUGUUUUUUUGUUGCCUGUGUUGCACCACUGACCUUAACAUAUGUAACCAUUCCAUUGCUUUAUAGCUGACUUGCAAAACAGUAUCUGGUGAAUUUGCUGCAAACGCUAACGUCUGUGACUUCCUUAAUUUAUGACACACCAAAGCGCCCACUGCUUUUAUUUGUGAAGUGUUUUCUUGCUUUUGUGUAAUCAAGUGCCAUACUUGUAUAUAAACAUGAUAUAUAUGUAUACAUAUAAAUAUAUAAAUAUAUAAUAAUCAUCAUGAAAGCUGAUUCCCUGCUUGGAUUAUGCUAAAUGCAGCCCAAUUUUUUAUUUGCUUUAAAUGUAUUUGUUGUGAUUUAAAUGAAAUGAAAAAGAUAUACAGUUUUUUUCUCUUUUAUUUUGCAAAUGACUGGAAAAAGAAAUGUGCUAGUCUGUCUUUUUUUAUCUACAAGUAAAUGUCUCUCCCCAAUCAAAGCUGAUCAAGACUGAAAAACAGCACAAAUUGACAUUUUUAUCAAAGAAUGGGCAAUGGAAAUCUGCUCUGGUGCUACAGUUUUUCAUAGAAUGGUUUUAAAUGUAACCGAAACAGACCAGGAAAAAAACAAACAUCAUUUUCUGUCGUGAAUAAAAGUGGGAUUCAUGUACACCA